CGUGACGUGCCAGUGACGUGUUACGUUGUUUACGCCAGAGCACUGUUGCUACUCAACAACUCCUCAGUUAGCUUUAGCUCUUAUGUGCUUUAACAAACAAACAUUCAGGAUUAUUAGACGGGUCGUCUGCUUUAUGUGGAGAAUAAAGUGGAGUAGAAUGGUCCUGCACAGUUAAGGAAACAGUGAUGCCAUAGAGAAAGGAGGCACUGCCAAGUCUCCUCCACCGGGGAGGAGAGGUUUCCUCAGAAAAUGGCAACUGAACUCCAUGAGGCUAUUUUCAUGGCCAAGCAGGAGCGCCACAAAAACCUGUUUCUUAACUACAGAAACCUGAAUAAAUUCCCAGUAGAGCUACUGAAGGAUGAGGGCCUGCAGUAUCUGGAGAGACUGUACAUGAAGAGGAACUCACUCACAACACUGCCUGACAACCUUGCUCAGAAGCUCCCAAAUCUCAUUGAACUGUAUUUGCACUCAAACAACAUAGUCAUUAUUCCUGAAGCUAUUGGAAACCUGGCCAGACUACAGUCACUGGAUCUGAGCAACAACGCCCUCCAGUUCCUCUGUCCAGAGAUCGGCCGACUGAGGUCUCUACGGCACCUGAGACUGUCCAAUAACUAUCUGAAAUGCCUUCCUCCAGAGAUCGGUGAUCUGCAGGACCUUGAGACUCUGGACGUGUCCAUGAACCAGCUGAGGUCUCUACCGGAUCGGCUGCACCGCUGUGUUUCUCUGCAGAAUCUGACAGCGGACCAUAACCAGCUGAGUCAUGUUCCCCGGCAGCUCUGCUGGCUCCACCGGCUCAACCAGCUCUCCAUGGCCGCCAACCGGCUGACCUUUCUGCCGCUCGAUCUGGGCAGAUCACGAGAGCUGCAGUUUGUGUUUGUGGACAACAAUGUGGACCUGAAAGGCCUUCCCUCCUACCUGUAUAACAAGGUCAUCGGCUGCAGCGGGUGCGGUGUGUCAGGCCAGGUGUUGGAGGGCGACCUGGGUGAGGUGUUGGGUCAGGCGCUGAGUGAGGCUCUGGUCGGGCUUCCGGCUGAAGUGAAGGUGGUGGGCUCAGAGACGGAUAACGUGGUUCCCCUGGAGGAGAUUGCCAUGAGAGCCCUGCACCGCAUCUACCACCACCGCCCAAUAGACAUCAACUCGCUGCCUCCCAUCAGCCUCCCGAAGAGCCUGCUGGACCUGCUGCAGUUCCCCCUGGGACACUGCCACCGCUGCAGUCAGACCAUGUUCACCAUCAUCUACCCUAAACUCUUCCCUCUCCGUGACACCGCGCUGGCAGGAGUGCACCGCAGGACGACGGUGAGUUUUGUGGCCUAUUGCUGCUCCAGUCGCUGCCUCCGGACCUUUGACCUCCAGGGAUGAGUUUGUUUUCUUUUCCCUGUACACACUCGAUCAGGAGCUGUUGAGUGGUUUCCAGGAGGCGGCAGAUAACAGCUUUUGUAAUUUGUGUGGAUCUCGAGGGUCUGUGAGCUCUUCAUUGACAAUACUAAGAACCACAGAGACACACGGCUCGUUCAGCAACAUUUCAACACACUUAAGUCAAAGACUCAAACCUACAUGAUGUUCCUGAAUCCAACCAACUGGGAGGAUUGUAUUCCUGUGUGUGGGGUGGAGGUCAAAAUAAUAACUACUAUGUGUGAACAGUAAACUAACAGUAUUAGACCGAAAGUAACUACUAACAAAUUGGCACUUUUUAAUAACAAGCACUGUUUGAUUUUUGUGAAAUCGACCAUUUUCCACACAGAAGUUUAUUGCAGCAGACAUCCUGUUGAUUGUGGAGUCAUAUUCGAGGUAUUGACAUUUGUACUACAGUUUGUUUUACUGAUUACUAAAGACAAUUUGAAGGGUUAAAAUUUCCUGUAAAACAUAUUUGAUAUGUGUAAUGUUCACCAGCAGGCACAGGGACCUGUUAGAGAAUUAUUCUGAAUGUAUUUAUAAAAUUGAGGUACCAGUCAGUAAAAUGAGCCGAGGACUCGUCUCACGUUUGUUAAAGAGGUUUCAGAAUUUUUGCAGAGUUUGCAAUGUCAGUCGUAUUGGGCAGGUGUCUUUUUUUUUUUUUUAAAUGACUGAUUUUGGAACAGGAUUUAAUAUUAACAUGUUAAAAACAAAUGUUUUUUUAUCUCUGCAUUAACUUAAAUGCACUCUGUAAAAUUAGAAUGAACCCAAAAUGAUCUAAUUGUUGCAACAGGUUUAACAUCUACAGGCCCAUUCAGUUUGAGGUCAAAGGUUUCUGUCAUCAUCUGUAGGAGGAAAUACAGUUUGUACACAUCACUGUGUGGUUCUCUUGUUGAACUGACGCUUGUGUGUUAAUGUUCAUUACUAUGUUGUACUAUUAUAAUUUAUCAUUUGUUUUGAUUGUGACGCAUUUGGCAGUAAAUGUUGUCUGAUUUCAGCAACUUUAAGUGAA